AUGCCGCUCCCCACUGACCCGCGGGAGUGGGUGAAGAAAGUUAGGGCCAAAACACCGGUUCUGUUGGAAGUGGGGAAACCGGCCCCCAAGGCAGUAUUAAGUUUUGGUGGUUGCGGUUUCCUUGUGACGUACUCGUUAGGAGUGGCCUUGUACCUCCAGCAGGAGAAGGCGGACUUAUUAGCGCAGUCGUUUUUGCUAGGGGCGGGGGCGGGCGUCAUUCCGGCUGUGGCGCUUGCUUGCGGUGCACGCGCCGUAAACAUUGAGAAGGUGCGCGACGCCAUCUUAGACAACCGCUUUAUGGUAACAGAUGAAGAAAGGCGGAUUGAGGUACUGACCAAGUUCAUCAACCUGCUCCUUCCUCGCAAUGCGGUGGAACUUGUUAGCGGGCGUCUAGCUCUUACCAUUGGCUUUUCUAAUCGUGACCCUGGUUACAUGAAGCAGACGAAGGAGCAGAUACACUUUGGGCAUCAUGUUGCCCAGUGGACAGAUGUGAGUGACCUCGCGCAGUGUAUUUUAGCCUCUAUGGCGCCUAACACUGCUAAGCCUAUGAUAUUUCGUGAUGCGGAUAAUGUCAUGCGAGGGACGAUGAUGUCCCUUAGCAGUGAACUCGACCAAUACUGUAGACAUAUUUAUAUUCACGGAUACUGUGGUUACCCUUACAAUAAACACCAAACGCGUCAUAACAUCUACUUUGGAAGACACGGCUUUCUCGCAAACACGUACUUUCCCUUUUGGAAGCAGGCGUUGCUGGCGUUCGCGCCGACUUUUGGUGGAGCAGCACGUCGUGAGGAACUGCUGGAGGCAUACGACGCGGGAUAUAACGACGCAAGGCGCUAUGAGCGUUGGGAGGAGGAUCCUUACCAUUUUUCGAAGGCAGAUCGUUCACCAAGCGAUGACUUUAGCUUCCGGCAGCUGCGGGCCAACCUGUUUGGUGGGAAGAAGGCAGCGGAAAGAUUUGAACUGUAG